CUUGAAAAAAAAAACGGAGUAUGAGAUUGAAAGCUGAUGAUGUCCAUUUGUUAUUGGGAAACUCAAUUGUUUGAAAGCAAAGUUAUAUAUAAGAAGAAUAAGGAAGAUUAUUCAGAGGAAGAAAGGCUAUUCAGAGAAUGGGAAGAGCGUUUGUGUAUGUGAUUCUUGGAGGAGGAGUAGCAGCCGGAUAUGCAGCUCUUGAAUUCACAAAGCGAGGAGUUGCUCCUGGUGAACUCUGCAUCAUUUCUCAAGAACCUGUUGCGCCUUAUGAGAGACCUGCGUUAAGUAAAGGUUAUUUACUUCCAGAGUCUGCUGCACGCCUUCCAUCAUUUCACACUUGUGUUGGUGCUAAUGAGGAAAGGUUAACUCCAAAAUGGUACAAGGAACAUGGAAUUGAGUUGGUUCUUGGAACUAGAGUUAAGUCUGCCGAUGUGAGGCGUCAGACAUUAUUAACUGCAGCUGGAGAGACUAUAAGUUACAAGAUCCUCAUCGUUGCAACAGGUGCUCGGGCUCUGAAGCUUGAGGAAUUUGGUGUGAGUGGAUCAGAUGCUGAAAACGUGUGUUAUUUACGAGAUUUAGCUGAUGCAAACAGGAUUGCAGAUGUCAUGCAAUCUUCUGUUGGUGGGAAUGCUGUUGUCAUUGGUGGUGGCUACAUAGGAAUGGAGUGUGCUGCAUCUCUGGUGAUCAAUAAAAUAAAUGUAACCAUGGUUUUUCCAGAAGCACAUUGCAUGGCCCGGCUAUUUACACCCAAGAUUGCAAGUUAUUAUGAAGAUUAUUACACAUCUAAAGGGGUGAAGUUCAUUAAAGGAACUGUCUUGUCAUCAUUUGACAUCGACUCCAAUGGGAAGGUUGUAGCUGUUAAUCUUAGGGAUGGAAGUCGAUUGCCUGCAGACAUGGUUGUAGUAGGGAUUGGAAUACGUCCAAACACAAGCCUUUUUGAAGGUCAACUAACUUUGGAGAAGGGUGGGAUUAAAGUAAAUGGACGAUUGCAAUCAAGCAACAGCUCAAUUUAUGCAGUUGGCGAUGUUGCGGCAUUUCCACUCAAAAUAUUUGGUGAAAUCCGAAGGCUUGAGCAUGUUGACUCUGCUCGAAAAUCCGCAAGACAUGCUGUUUCCGCAAUUAUGGAACCAGACAAAACAGGCGAAUUCAACUACCUGCCAUUCUUCUACUCUAGAGUCUUUGCGUUGUCUUGGCAAUUUUAUGGGGACAACGCUGGGGAAGUAGUCCAUUAUGGGGAUUUCUCAGGAAAUACAUUUGGUGCUUACUGGGUGAGUAAGGGUCAUCUUGUUGGAUCUUUUCUUGAAGGUGGAACGAAAGAAGAGUAUGAAGCUAUAGCCAAAGCCACAAGCUUGAAGCCAGCAAUUGAAGAUUUAGCCGAGCUGGAGAGGCAAGGUUUGGGUUUUGCUUUGGCAGUUAGUCGGGAAGCAGUGCAGUCACCACCUCCUGCUGUGGUAAAUCAGAGUUCUGGCCUUGUUUUAGAGAAAGCCUUAUAUCCUUGGCAUGCAACAGCUGGUGUUAUUCUUGCUGCAUCCGUGGCUGCAUUUGCAUAUUGGUAUGGGAGGAGGCGCCGAAGAUGGUAGGAG